AUGGAAGCCUUUACCGAGUCCCUCGAUUCCAGCUCACCUAGACGGCCUUCACCUGUGUUUCUCCCAUCCUACAUGCCCCGCCCGCCCGUCACACAGCAGGAACUUCAUGUUGGCGAGCUGGAUCUCGACUUCAAGCCGGAGGUGGUGGUAAAUAUUGCUCGGAUGUCGAGGAGAGGGGGCGAGAAAAAGGACGUGAGCACCAGCAACAACAUGGACAGUGACGUGAAAGUUGACACAACUAGUGGGAUCUCACUGCUCAAGUACGUCAUUUCCUGGUGGUACCUCGUGGUCAUUAUAGCCACGCCCCUCGUCUUUCUACCCAUAUUUCUCUGCGUGGAUGAAAAACAUCAGAGACAGGCAAGAUGUGGUUACGUCAUAGCCGUCAUGGCGGUCUUCUGGAUCACAGAGGCGCUGCCCAUCGCCGUGACGUCACUGGCACCUGUCGUCUUGUUACCUGCAAUGGGGGUUAUGUCAGCCAAAGACACGUCAGCUGCUUACUUCAAUGACACGUCCAUGUUGUUUAUAGGCGGUCUUCUGGUUGCCAUAGCAAUCGAGGUCUGGAACGUCCACAAGAGAAUAGCACUGAUGGUGUUGAAGAUAGUCGGUGCCGAGCCGAAAUGUUUGCUGUUCGGUAUAACGAUGGUCACGUGGUUCUUGUCCCUGUGGAUCUCCAACACGGCCACGACGGCCAUGAUGAUGACCAUCGUCCAGGCCUUGCUGCAGCAGUUCAAGGACAUGAACAUCAACGAGAAGUCCAAGAAAGCCAUCACUAACGGAGAUUUAAACAGUGACCCCAAAUCAACUGACGCACUCAAGCGUAAACAAGAUCAGGAACUGGCCGACGCCGAGUUUCUGAGACUGAGCAAGGCGCUGUCUCUGACGGCAGCGUACGCUUCAAGCAUUGGAGGCAUCGGCAGCCUGACUGGAACCGGACCUAACCUUGUCCUGUUUGCUGCGGCACAGAAAGCGUAUGGGGACGUAAACCUCAAGUCGCCAGUUACUUUCAGUACUUGGCUAAUCUACUGUCUGCCGAUGUCUUUCUUGAUGAUUCUCACAUUGUGGGCAUGGAUGGUGUUAGUGUUUCUCAGGUGCAAAGGAGGGUGUCUGUGUUGUUGCUGUGCUCCAGAAGCCAACAAGAAAAAACUGGAGAAGGUCAACGCCAUGAUCAGAGAUGAGUACAACAACUUGGGGCCUAUCACAUUCGCCCAAGGCACAGUGUUGGUAUCGUUUACAUUGCUAGUUAUUGCUUGGAUCACUCGUGAUCUUGGAGGAGCUGGUGGAUGGGCGGACUGGUUUCCUCCUGGCUUGAGUGACUCCACCCCUUCCAUCUUGUUUGGUAUUCUCAUGUUUGUUUUACCGUCAUCGCUGCCGAAUAUUUUCUCACGGAGUGGUGAAACAAAUACCUACACGCAGGUGACGCCCCUGCUGAAGUGGAGUCACGUCCAUGAAAAAAUGCCCUGGUCCCUGUACCUCCUGCUGGGGGGAGGCUACGCCUUCGCUCAAGCAGCCACGGUAUCCGGUCUGGCUACCUGGCUAGGUGAGCAGUUGCUUGUGUUCCAGUCACUCAACCAGUGGGUUGUCCUGCUUAUCAUAACAUACAUUGUAGAUUUCGCUACUGAAGUCACCAGCAACACGGCUAUAGCCACGUUAAUGAUGCCCAUCCUUACACAAAUGUCCAUCAGCCUGCAAGUCAACCCUCUAUUUUUCACGUAUCCUGCCGCCAUUGCGUCCUCGUUUUCCUUCAUGUUGCCCGUGGCAACCCCACCCAACGCCAUCGUCUUCGCUGGUGGAACAGUCCGGGUUGUAGACAUGGUGUCCAGCGGUUUCUUCUUCAGUAUCAUUUGUGUGCCGAUUCUUGUUUUUGCUACAGCCACGUGGGGUAACGCCUUCUUCCAUUUCGACCAAGUACCGAAAGAAUUUAUAAGAAAUGCAACUAGUACUGGUCAAAUACUCAGGUCAUAA